CUAACCUCCUCCGCGAGGCAGCAGAACGCGUUCGGUUGUCAUUUCUAUUUCUCCCUUCCCCUCUAAACCAUCCGGCCGUGGCUCUUCGUCUCGGUGGAUCGGUCGAUCGGAGGCGGAAGGGGGGAAGGGCGGCCCCCCGAUCGGGGAGAUGAUCACCCGUUCGAAGCUCGUCGAGCAGUUGAGAGAAUACCAGAUCCGGUCUCAGCACAAGUGGGCAGCUCUCACGAGCUUUUCUCCCAAACCCCACAUAACCACAAGGCAGGACAUUGUUGUGGCUCUUUCAUACGCCUUGAUAUUUUGUUUCCUCAUAAUAUCUUCCUAUGCGACACUUUAUUUCAAACAUUUCAGACUUUCAUCUGUUUUUAUAUGUCUCGGAAUUCUUCUUCCUACUUGUCUGAAAAUUUCUAGGCACAGAAAGCUUUCAAGGAAAAAGGAGAGAAGAAUGUUGUUACCUUUAUCCAUGUGAAUAUCACUGUGACAUUUGAUAAAUUUUUUGCUUCGUAACUUGGCUAAGUAUUGGAGAGCCGCUCAACUUGGAUUACUGUAUUGAGAUUGCACAUCAAAGAUUUACAUUGACUUACACAUGCCGCCACUUUUUCCAGAAGAGUUAUAAUGGUAUGGCUUCUCUCUCUGUUCAGUCCUGAAAUACCCUGUAUUUGAGGUAUUAUCUUCAAUGCAUUAUGCGGAGGCUGGUGUUGAAAGUUUCGUGACUCUGCAGCUAACUUGGAUAUGUCAUCAAAAUGAAUGUGCAUUUCCGUAUCUAUUCUUUGUUGGGUUGUAAAAUGUCAGUAUUUAUUAAUCAAAUUGAUAUGCCAGUUACAUUUCUGAAAGGUAUCUUUC